UGUUUUUGUGAUUAUUUAUUUAUUGUGAGCCGCCCCGAGGCUUCGGCGAAUGGGGCGGCACAGAAGCUUUUUAAAUAAAGAGAAGAAGUAUGGCAUCAGAACGAUACAGAUGUGAUUAACAAACCUCUGUUAUCACGCUAGUAAAUGCCCGCUCGUGGGCCGUGGGGGCCUAAUCUAAGCUCUGUAGGGGCUUAGAGAGAUUGCUUGGCGAAUCCCCCAUAGGAUGUGGAAUGGCAAUUCCACAUGUAGUGGGAGGAAAUCAAGCUUUUUUCAGCCGGGCAAGACCAGAGGGAGUGCUGCCCUCUUUAAGGUCUCGACAUAUGAUUUUUUUUAGCUUUUGUUUUAGCUUUUGUGUACACACCAAAUCUAUUGGAACGUAUUUUUGUUUUGUUUUGUUUUUUCUGCAAUGAUACCCAUGGAAUAAGCUGGUUUUUUUGCUAAUUAAAAAGCCCUUUGGAUGAUGGGGGAAUGAAACCUCCCCCCCACGGAGUUGAAAAGCGGCGAAUUGCAUAACGGAGAGAAAGACAGAACUGUUUCCCAUUCUGGACAAUGACAGUCCCCACAAGGAGGCCUGCGAUCUCCCUGCUUACAGACAACCACGCCACCUAAGACAGUAACUUAGCAGCAAGAACAGAUAACAGCAAUAUAGACCCAGCAGUGAGACCCUAGAUGCCAACUCUGCCCCCUAUCUAAAUUUUCAGCACUGUUCCAGGGCUUAAUAUUCUCCUCUAAAGCUACAGAGGUGCAUAUUCCACAGCUUCCAAUGUGGUGUUUCCCAGCAGUGUCCUACUGGAGAACAUACUGACUAGUCCCUAUGAAAAGAAAUAAAUGGACCCAAAUUUGACACCAGAAGGUCUAUUCAGUAAGCAGCAGGGAAACAUUUCAGACCCCCGAGAUGCUCAGCCAAAACACAGUCCUCUAAAGUCAUGCCCAGCAGCUACCUCCUAGUUCUCUUUUUUUUUACCCUAGACUAAAAGUAGGAAGGCUGAGGAAGUUUGGGAAUAAAGUAUGGGGUCACAGAGCUCGAAGCUUGCAAUUUGUAUUGCCAAACAGGGAUCCAUUAAAGCAAGUCACUGGAGAGUUGUGAGGACAAACUAAGAUUGUAGGUGCCUUCCAGGGCUCCUUGGAGGAAUGGCAAAAGCCACUUUUCUAGCCAUUCCUAAAGAUAUUGAGAGCACCAUAAGAGCCAAAGGAAAUUAAGGAAUCAACCUUUUAGCUUGAGCAAUGUAUAUCAUUUAUUUAAAUGGGUCUGUAUAAUUAAGCUUCAGCUGUUCCACAUGUUGUCCAAUGGAUCUGUAGCCUUCAUGGUUUUUCUUGCUCUCGAUAGUGAAAUGUAAGCCUUGUGCAUGUGUAGAGGUUGAGAUGGGGGAGAAAAAAGCACCACUCUUCCCAUUCUCUCUCUCUCUCUCUCUCACACACACACACGCACAUAUACUCCACGUGCAUUAGUUCACCAUAUCCUUCAACCUACAGAGGAUGUAGAGUUGUUAAUCAAGAAUGCCCUUCAGGACACCAUCCAAGGAACCUGCUUUGGUUCUGCUGGGGUAAUUUGCUCCUCUCUGCCUUCUGUUAAUGACAGUGAGUGGAGAGGCACAGAACGGACUAUUCAAACAUCUGCUGUAUGUAUCUUGCAGCAAAUUGCCCUGUGAAUUGCCAUGCUUUCUAUUGAUAGCUUUGAUGCCAUGCAAUCCCGGUGGUGUCGAGCGGGGCUUGGGCAGAUAAGGCAUUAAUGAAUCUCAGAGUAACCUUGGUUAAUCAAAUGAGUUGCUGACGCUUCCUUUCUCUCCAAGUCAGCCCCAUCAAGUUUAGUGUCAAAGGUUUAGUAUAAAGAGCCGAGGCAGCCGUCAGAACGCCCCUUUUGCCCAGCUCCAGGACCAGCUGCAGCUUCUGGAGCGACGACAUCCAAGAGACGGACACCAUGAAAAAGUUGCAGCUGCCAAACCCCGGCUUAGAGUGGAGGAUCCCUUCCCAUGAGCAGCUGGAAACCCUUGAGGUUACGGAGGCGGACUCGAGGCCCAAAUGGGACAACAAGGCGCAAUACAUGCUCACCUGUAUAGGGUUUUGCGUAGGCCUGGGCAAUGUUUGGCGAUUCCCUUAUCUCUGCCAGAGCCACGGAGGAGGAGCCUUUAUGAUUCCUUUCCUCAUCCUCCUCGUCCUGGAAGGUAUUCCUUUGCUCCAUCUUGAAUUCGCCAUUGGACAGAGGCUCAGAAAAGGCAGUGUGGGCGUCUGGAGUUCAAUCCAUCCUACCCUGAAGGGAGUUGGUAUAGCAGCAAUGCUUGUCUCCUUUCUUGUGGGUUUAUACUACAAUACAAUUAUUGCCUGGGUGAUGUGGUACUUCUUCAACUCGUUUCAAGAGCCAUUACCCUGGAGUGAAUGCCCGCUUAAUGGCAACAAGACAGGUUUCAUUGAGGAAUGUGGAAUGAGCUCGCCGGUGGAUUACUUUUGGUACCGGAAGACUCUGAACAUCUCCACCUCCAUCGACGAUUCCGGAACGGUGCAGUGGUGGCUCCUGCUUUGCUUAACGUGUGCCUGGGGUGUGCUUUAUGUGUGCACAAUCCGAGGCAUUGAAACGACCGGGAAGGCCGUGUAUGUAACCUCAACACUCCCUUAUGUCGUGCUUACCAUUUUCCUGGUCCGGGGCUUGACCCUGAAAGGAUCCGUCAGUGGAAUUGUCUACCUCUUCACUCCUAACAUUACGGAACUGGCGAACCCCGUCACCUGGCUGGAUGCGGGCGCCCAGGUGUUCUAUUCCUUCUCCCUCGCGUUUGGAGGCCUCAUCUCGUUCUCCAGUUAUAAUUCCAUCCACAACAAUUGCGAGAAGGAUGCCUUGAUUAUCUCCGUGAUAAACGGCUUCACAUCCAUUUAUGCAGCUACAGUCAUAUAUUCCAUCAUUGGAUUCAGAGCAACAGAGAGAUACGAUGAUUGCUUUAGCCAAAAUAUCCUCACUCUGACAAAUGCAUUUGAUUUGCCAGAAGGGAAUGUCACCCAGGACAACUUUGUGGACAUGCAAAACUGGUUGAAUGCAACCUAUCCAGCAACCUUUGCAACCCUGACCUUUAAGACCUGUGACUUGGAGUCAUUUUUAUCUGAUGGAGUUGAAGGAACGGGCUUGGCCUUUAUUGUCUUCACGGAGGCCAUCACCAGGAUGCCCGUCUCGCCACUGUGGUCCAUUCUCUUCUUUAUCAUGCUGUUUUGCUUGGGUUUAUCCUCCAUGUUUGGGAAUAUGGAAGGUGUCAUGGUCCCUCUGCAAGAUCUGCAAGUCAUACCAAAAAAGUGGCCGAAGGAACUCAUUACAGGUCUGAUUUGCCUGGGGUCUUACUUGCUCGCCAUUAUUUUUGUGCUAAGGUCGGGAAACUAUUGGCUAGCUCUGUUUGACAGCUUCGCUGGAUCCAUUCCCUUGCUGAUAAUUGCUUUCUGCGAGAUGUUUUCGGUGGUCUACAUAUAUGGGAUAGACAGAUUCAACGAGGAUAUAAAGUUCAUGAUUGGGCACAAACCCAACAUUUUCUGGCAGGCCACGUGGAGAGUGAUCAGUCCCCUCAUCAUGAUCGUCAUCUUCUUGUUCUACUUCGUGGUGAAAGUGUCUCAACAGUUACUGUACAUCACCUGGGACCCCGAUUAUGAAAACUUCCCCAAAUCCAAAGCAGUGCCAUAUCCAGACUGGGUUUACGUCAUCAUUGUCAUCCUCGCGGGAGUGCCCAGCCUCGUUAUCCCCGGCUUUGCCAUCUACAAAGGCAUCCGAAGUGCCUGUGGAAGGAGAAAGGAUCCCGGACGGCAAGAUCUGGUCAAUGCCAUAUCAGAAGUAUCCAUCAAUGGAGACCUGAAGAACAUGGCGUAACUCACGCUCCUGAGAGACCACAAAGACUUUUCAUGAGAGAUGGCAGAAUGCGGACGUCUCCCUACCUUGACCUCAAAGCAGUGGCUGCUUCCUUGAAAGGUCCCAGGUGCCAUGUUGUAAAUGACUGUCUUUAGCCGUCGUUGCCGGAUGAGCAGAUGGCUAGUUCCGAUCCUAACAUGCACCUGCGAUACUCGGUUUCCCCCCUUUGCGUGCCCCCAUGUUGCAUAAAGCACAACCCAACCUCUUUUCAAAUAAUGUAUUAUUAAACAAAUUAUAUUUGGGGA